GCACACCUUGCUUCUCCACCUGUCCCAUUCAUGAGCAGGAUCCCUCCUGAGUAACACUGAUCACCUCGUCCACCUUGCGCCCUCUCAGGGUUUGUUUUAUGAUUGAGAAAAAUCCCAAUCACGUUUGCACAUUGAGGACUAGCUACAGACAGCUGCUAGAAGAAUGCCAAGCAACCUAAUAAAGCAAACUUCUUCAGAAAUGGAACAUGGUUUCGCCAGACGUCGGCUGAGUGACUUUGAAAGGAGUGGAAGUUUUGACAGCCAAAGUAGCCGUUCUAGGUCCAGAAGUUCUAACUUGGACGAUGAGAACCUCAAAUAUCUGACCAAUGAAGAAAAGAAUGCUCUCUUGUUCUUUGAGGAAACAAUUGAUGCUUUUGAAGAUGAUAUAGACGAGACACCAUUUUCCGAAAAUACGAGUUUUGGUUACUCUCCACGAUUAACAGAUGAUAGCCAUUCUGAGAGUGAGGACAUAAUUGACCUAGUACAGCUUGACCACAGCCACGUAGAAAAAGACAUAUUGCAUGAUUCAGGCAUUGGAUUAAACAUGGCUGAUCGAAAACACAUUUACAAGGUCACACAGAUGUCUCAGUCUGUAAUGCCUGUGAACUCACCCAUGACAGUCACAGCAGUAACUGUACAAACUGGCACUGACGGAUACUCUCCUGAUCUGCCUGGAGAGCAACGCAAAUUUCUUGGUGCUGUCCCAACACCUGUAGUAAUUGCUCAAAAGAUUUCAGAGAAAAAUGCAGAUGGAGGAAAUCUUUCUCCCUUAUCACCGAGGGUGUCAAAACCAGUUGAGUUAAAAAAUGUUGGAACAUCACCAAUCAGUGAAGAACACUUCGUAUUCCCUUCAUCAGCGAGCCCCAAAAAUGGUCGUUUUCCAACUAAUAUUCACAUUAAACCAGUUGGAAAACAAUAUAACAAAACCAUUGCCAAAGCAGCAGUUAAUGUGCAAGAACGUAAAGCCCAAGUACUGGCAAACUUAAAUGGACCUGCUUUGUUUGCUGAUGAAAUAGAUGGUAAAGGUCAUCGUGAACAGCUGUCUCGCUCUCGGGGUUCAUCCUUUCGGGACGCAGCCAAUGAGCAAACCAGGUAUGAAGCCUUGACCAAACUUGGUUUAGUCAAAGAGAUUCCAGUUCAAGCAGAAAUUCCAAUAAGUCCAAAAUCUCCCAUUUCAAAUGGUCACCACUCUCCAAAGUUAUUUCUGCCAGAAUUACCACGGAAACAUUCUGGUGACCAGGAAAGUAUAAGAAGUGUUUUAAUGAGUGACACAAGUCCAUUUGUUCCUUUGGGGAAAUCCAUAAUUAUCAAAGGUGAUGCAAUGAACAAACGACACAGCACCCCACAGUGCCUUCCAGAGCAGAAACCUCCAGUUCCUCAUCAGGAAGUGAGAAGGACUCAUUCUACUCCAAGACCUACUGGAUUUCGGCCACAGGGGAUUACAGUACAGUUCUCAGGGCGUGAUGCCUCUGAGGAAUCAAGAAAAGAUGCUCUUCGGAAACUAGGGUUAAUUAAAGACCUAUCUGGACAUUGAAACUGAAUUAUUCCCUCACAGACAUUAUGGAAUAUUGGUCUUGCAUUGGCUUCAGGAGAACAUUCCUAGACAACAAUCUCACAAGCACCCAUUACAUAAAUGUAUGUGCAAUGUUAAGCUUUUAUAAUGUUAUUUAAUUUUUAUCAGCCAAGGCGGGCUUUCUAUAGGAUACGAUUUUAAUAACACAUUAGUAAGAAAAGGAGCACCUGAGGGUGCUAGUAUCAUCAAAUGGCAUAUAUGCUAUGUUUCCAUCUUUUUGUGAUGCAGUUAUUCUAAUUGCUUCUAUUAAAAUUUAUUUGA